UGUCUGUCUUCAGUGUGUUUCUGGAAUUUUCCGCGACAAGAGCUGUGUACAACUGUGACUGUAAAAAUGCUAACGAAGCUGCUGAAGAUCAGCUGCACGUCGAGGCAGUGCACCUUUGCCAAACCCUUUGAGGCGAUGCCGGGACCACGCGGCCCCUGGGGCUUGGGCAAUCUCUACAACUAUAUGCCGGGCAUUGGCUCCUAUUCCUUUCUGCGGCUGCAUCAGGCCGGGCAGGACAAGUACGAGCGAUACGGUGCGAUUGUCAGGGAAACGAUGGCACCAGGACAGGACAUCGUUUGGCUUUACGAUCCCAAGGACAUUGCCACGCUGCUGAACGAACGCGACUGUCCGCAGCGACGCAGUCAUUUGGCACUCGCCCAGUACCGCCGCCAGCGUCCGCAUGUGUACAAGACCACGGGUCUGCUGCCCACCAAUGGCCAGGAGUGGUGGCGUCUCCGCUCACAGCUGCAGAAGGAGCUGAGUGCGCCGAAGAGCGUAAGGAACUUUAUACCCCAAGUGGAUGGUGUGACGCGAGAGUUUUUGGCAUUCCUGCGGGAGUCAGCGGGCGAGGGAGAUGCGAUCGACAUGCUGCCGAAGCUAACAAGAUUGAAUCUGGAACUUACUUGCCUGCUCACCUUUGGUGCCCGGCUGCAAUCCUUCUCGCCAGAGGAGCAGAGCCCCCACUCCCGAUCCACACACCUGAUGCACGCCGCCGAGACCACCAACAGCUGUAUUCUGCCCACAGAUCAGGGCCUGCAGCUGUGGCGCCUUAUGGAGACGCCCAGCUAUCAGAAGUUGCGUAAGGCACAGACCUACAUGGAGAGCGUGGCCCUCCAACUGAUGGAGAGCUGCUCCUCCGCCUCCGAGCAUUCCUCUCUGAUUUCCACAUAUCUGCAGAACCCAGAGCUCGAUCGGAGCGAUGUGGUGGGCACUGCAGCGGAUCUCCUUUUGGCUGGCAUUGAUACCACCUCGUAUGCCUCGACGUUUCUGCUCUACCACGUGGCUCGGCACCCGGAGGUGCAGCAGAGACUCCAUGCGGAGUCCAGAAGAGUGCUGCCAGAUGCCGAUCAGCCUCUUUCUGCGGACGCACUUCGCACGGACAUCACCUAUACGCGGGCGGUGCUGAAGGAGUCGCUUCGUCUGAAUCCCAUUUCAAUUGGCGUUGGGCGCAUACUCAACCAGGACACGGUGCUCAGUGGCUACCUUGUGCCCAAAGGGACUACAGUUGUGACUCAAAAUAUGAUUGCCUGCCGCCUGGAGCAGCACUUUCCGCAGCCCCUUCUCUUCCAGCCGGAUCGCUGGCUCCAGCAGCGCAGCGCCUUCAAUCCCUAUCUGGUGCUGCCCUUUGGCCAUGGAAUGCGCGCCUGCAUAGCCCGUCGUUUGGCGGAGCAGAACAUCCAUAUUCUGCUCUUGCGGCUGCUGCGUAACUUUGAGCUCAUCUGGCGCGGGGGAACGGAUGCCGAGUUGGAUGUCGUCACGCUGCUGAUCAAUAAACCAGAUGCCCCCGUGUUGAUCGAACUGCGAUCGCGUUCCAAAUGAUUUGCAAGUCUGAAAAGUGAGAGGAGUUGUUCAAUUCAAUUUUAAAUAAAUUGUUAAUUUUAAUUAAUAAUUAUACAAUAAUUAGUGUAAAU